CGCGUCGCCUGACCUGCGCCUGGGUCCUAGUUGCUGCCGUGCCCUAACGCUUCACAAACAAAGAACAUGGCUGACGUCGGAUACAACUGGCUUCUGGUCCUGAGCUCGGUCUUUGUGUGUAAUCUCGUCAAAACAUUACUACCGUCCAUUUCCUCACUUCUGUCAAAGAUCCUGCAGAAAGAUGCUGAGCAGGAAAUGGAGAUGCGAACAGAAAUCCAGAACAUGAAGUUGGAGCUUUCGUCUAUAAGCAUGAUGGAUGAAUUUGCCAGGUAUGCAAGACUGGAGCGCAAGAUAAACAAGAUGACAGACAAGCUGAAAACUCAUGUGAAAUCGAGAACAGCUCAGCAGGCUAAAAUGAAAUGGAUUGUUAACAUAAUUUUCUACAUUCUUCAGGCGGCCCUCAUGAUCUCACUUAUCUGGAAGUAUUACGCAGACCCAGUCACUGUGGUUCCCAGCAAGUGGAUUUCACCACUGGAAAGACUUGUAGCUUUUCCAUCUGGAGUUGCAGGUGGUGUUGGAAUAACGUGCUGGUUGGUGGUCUGCAACAAAGUGGUAGCCAUUGGCAUUCAUGCUUUUAGCUAAUUGCUAUUUUAAGGCAUCUGUCUAUAACUGUGGAAAGUACUUACAAGAUCUCAAAAUCAUGUUUGCAAAUUGGGUUAUUAUGGGAACCACCAUUUCAGUAAAGCCAAACUAUGCAGUUUGUUUAAAGACAUUUUGGCUACCAAAUUUCCCACGCUGAAUUUUAGGAAGACUGCAACCCAUCCCUUCUCUUGGUUGUUAUAGCAAAAGUUACUUUUUGUUGUAAAUUUGUCAUUUUGAAUAUUAAAUUAUGAUUUGAUUUUGAGCAUCAUUACACAUUUUUCAUAUACCAUCAGUGAUUUAUUUAAAUUUUUGUAUAACGUGAGUGGUCUAUGGUUAUCUCAAAUGUAAAUACAGCUGUGACUCUUUAUUUCAUUUGUAUAUAGAUUGUUAUCAAUGCAUAUAAGAAAUACAUAGUAAAACAAAUAGAACUGUAUAAUGGAAACACUAGUGAUGUAUGUAACUCUGGUUCUAUAAACACUGGAUAACAGCCAGAGAUGGUGAA